AUGAAUAGCGAGUUUUCUGAAAUCGAUUCAAUCACUGGUUCUGAAGCACGUCUCACCUGGAACAUCACGAAAUUUGCCAACACACCCAAAAUGUCCUCGUAUCUGUUGGCUCUAGUGGUGCAUGCAUGGGAAGGGCCGGACACAAUUACCACAAACAACGUUGAGAUUCGAGUUUACGCGCAUCCCUCCAAAAAAGGCCAAACUGCAUAUGCAAAAGAAAUCGCUUCAAAAGCUCUUAGCAGUUUCGAACAAUUUUUUGGUGUCAAAUAUCCGUUGCCCAAACUUGAUUUGUUUGCAGUUGCGCGCUAUGAGGAAGGAGCAAUGGAAAAUUGGGGAUUGAUGAUCUUUAAAGAGCGGUGGCUUUUGGUCGACCCGAAACACGAAUCUGUGAGUGAAAAAAUACAAAUAAGGAACACAAUCAAUCAUGAGAUUGGACAUCAGUGGUUCGGUAAUUUGGUUACGAUGAACUGGUGGAAUGAGAUCUGGUUGAACGAAGGAUUUGCCGAUUUUGCUGAAUUCCUAGGACGUUUGUCUCACAUGUCAUUUGAUGACGCAGUCAUUGAAUAUUUGCUAAAUGAGCGGAAUAAAAUCAUGUAUGGUGAAGGUGCAUACGCACAAAAACGGAUGGUCGAAGAUUUCAAGCAAAAAUAUCCAGAUGGUCGCUACAAUAGAUACCCAAGAACGCCGAUUGAGAUUCGCUAUAUGUUUGAUAUGCAUGCUUACGCAAAAGGAGGCCUUGGAAUCUUCUCAAUAUUCAAAGCUUUGGGUCCUCAUCGCUUUUUUACUAACAUCAAGGCUUACCUCGACAAGCACAAAUAUUCGACAUCGCAUAGUAUGGAUGUGCUUGGAGAGGAUUUGUUCAAAGACCAAUUGUGGAUAAAUGCUCAAAAGAUUCUCGAAGAUCACUUGACUAAUAUCGGUUUGCCAUUGUUGAUUGUGAGUCAUCCCAAUGAAAGGCAAUAUAGGAUCACACAGAAACGUUUCGUUUACCCACAGGAUCAACCUCUCGCACUGCCCCAGAAGUACUGGAAUCUUGAACUUUACUUCAAAAACGAGGACACCAAAAAGCUCGAGACGAGGCAAUUCCCCGAUCUAAAACCGGACAAAAAAGAAAAAGGGCUAAUUGAGAGAAAUCUGAUCUCAGCGUUCCCACCAAUUAUCAAUAUGGAUGGCCGAGCCUAUACGCGCGUUUGUUAUGGAAAGAAUUGGCCGCUUGUUUUUCAAGCAUUUCGUUUCGCGAGAUUUCCUUUGCUUACUCGGAUUCUCAUUUACGACGAUUUGUUCUCUAUGGCUGCUGCUGGACGAGUCAAUUAUGGGAUUGCUCUCGAGUUCGCAUAUUCACGUCUUAAAAAGGAUGUUGAAAGCGAUCAACGUGCUUUCCAACAUUUGGCCAACAUGGUGAAAGAGGUUUUGGACAGAGUCCUAAACUCCAAAGACCGAGCAAACGUAGACGUUAUUUACAAAGCGCUGGAUGAAUUGUUCAAAAUUACAAAGGGAGAAGUGGUGAGAGACAAGAAAAGCUAUGCAAAGAAAAGUAACACCUAUGAGAUCCAAUUGAUGGAGAUUGCCGAGAUGAAAGCAUCUGAGACUGAAUAUCGAUUAGCACAUACAAGGGAAAAGUUGCUCAACUUCAUGGAUCAGCUUCAACCAAACUCAUCGAAACUUGAAGAUGCAAAGCAACUCUACAUUGAACGGGCAUUCAACCCUUGCAAAGCCGAUCAACAGUUGAGCGAGUGCGUACUGGAUAUCCCUUUUGGUGCUCGAGAGAAAUUCUACACUGAUGCCAUUUUGAGUGAAUCGGAUGACAAUGAAAUGAUUGCAGAACAUUUGUCCAGAAAAUUGGAGAUUGAAACCGAUAUCAAUGAAGCGGAGAAGAUUGCUUGUGCACUAGCGAGUUCGAAGAAGUGGAAAUAUCAGGAAAUGAUUUUGAACGAUUUGAUCCAAUCAUUAUCGAGGCCAACUCGUGUGAGCCUUCAAUCGGUCGAGAAGGUGAUGAAAUGUUUGAAGAAAAAUGGAGAAAAGAAAUCUCAUCGGGUCGAUUAUCUCCUUAACAAUACACAACACAUUUAUCGAAGUCUGAAAGGGUCGCAGAAUGCGAUGAUCGCUGUGUACAAGGGACUUGUUGCUGGUGUUCAAAGCGAAGAUGACAUACAAAAAGUGAAAGAAAAGCUCGAGUCCAGUGAACUUGAUGAACACCCAGAGAUUAGAAAACUGCAAUUUUGGGGUGAAGCCGUUGAAGAGUAUAACAUCAAAACUUAUUGGCAUGCACAUAUGAAGGAAGACGUAUUGGAAUUCUACCGGAAACGCUUCUCCGCCCCGCUUCCUCCUGUGAGAAAUGAUCCCGCACAUGUGGAUGGAGAA